AUGACACGCACAGCAGCGACCAAGCAGCCGGAUCCUCGGGCGCAGGACCCCGCGGACGGCACCCCAGUGAAGGAGGUGGCGCCGUUCCUGAGCAGCCUGCGCGUCAUGCUCGACACCGAGAGCCCGCGCAUCCUGCGCUGGACGCCCGACGGCAAGGCCUUCGAGAUCCACGAUAUGGCGGCCAUGACCAGCUACGUGCUGCCCAAGUACUUCAAGCACCGCAAGUAUGCCAGCUUCCAGAGGCAGCUCAACUACUUCCACUUCCGCAAGUGGACCAAGUCGCGCGCCGUAGUGUGCACGUUCUCCAACCAGUUCUUCCAGCGAGACCAACCCGCCUUGACGUGGCGCAUCACGCGCAAGCGCGCGCUGUCGCUGGCCAAGCACGCGUCACCCCGCAGCUGUAACAAGGCUGAGCCCCACGAGCCGCUGGCGCUACCGACGUCAGAGCUGCAGCUUGGCAAGCAGCUCGAGCCCGUGGACGCGUCGCUCGCGUGGAUCGACGUGUUGUACCCGGAGCUCGACCUGGAUCUGCUGGAGGACGACUCGAGCCUGGCCGACUGCUUCCAGUCCUCGAAGCUGCUCUCGCUGUAA